AUGGCUCGGCGCCGGGCUGCGGCGCUGGCCUUGCUGGUCUCUUCGGCCGCUUUUGUGGGCUAUGGCAGCUGGGCCGCGCGGGCGCGGUUCCGCGUGGCGCGGGAGGCGGAGGGCGCGCUGGAUGAGUUGGAUCUGAUGCUGGCGCGGGCGCCGGGGGGUGGGCUCUACAGGUACAAAGGCACGGGCUUCGACCCGGAGGCCUGUGGGGAGGCCUGCGAGGCGCUGGCGCAGGCGAUCGGCGAGGGCAACGAGCGCCAGGUGGACGGCCUGGUGACGGCGCUGAAGUUGAUGAUGCCCCCCAGCAGCGGCGCAGAGCAGGCGCUGGGGCCCCCAAGGGACGACUUCAUCCUCAGGCCAGAGGUGCUGCCUUGGUCGGAGCAAGACUUCCUCGGAGGGCUGGAAGAGAACCAGCGCAUCGUCCAGGACUGCGAGGCCCAGUUUGCGCGGCUCAUGGCCCAGCACUCCGAGGGCUUCCGGGCCCCCGAGGUGCUUGCUGCGGGCAUGGACUUGGCGGUGGUGUACCUGAAGAACUAUGCGCUGGACAAGGCGGACAUGCUCUACGAGGUAACGAAGCCCCACUGCCUCUCCCGCGGCCUUCCCUGGAACGUGAAGUGGUUCCAGGACUGCGCCACGCUGCGGUGCAAGCAGAACCGCCAGGCUGAGGCAGCGCCGAUGCUGGAGGAGGUCGCCAAGCUGACGCCGCCCCACGAGGCCACGCUCAGGAACCUGGGCACGGUGUACAACCAGCUCCGGGAGCACGACAAGGCCAAGGUCUACUUCGAUGCGGCCGCGGAGCUGGUGGGGGGAAGGGACGCCAACGGAGAGCUCAUCUUGGACAAGGAGGAUCUUUGGAACAUCGGGCUGGUGCACAAGAACAAGCAGAACUACGAGGAAGCCGCGCCCAUGUUGGACCAAGCCCUCGAGAAGUGGCUGAAGGAGGACCCGGAUGAUGAUGUGACGCUGGCGAAGCUCUACGAUUCUGUGGGCAGCUGCUACGAUGAGAUGGGCAGGCACGACGAGGCGGUGGGAGUGUUGCAGAAGGCCAAGGAUCUCUACGACCGCAGCAUUGGUACAGAGAGCCCCCUGUACGGCAGUGCUUGCGAGCGGCUCAGCCGAGCGCUGGUGCACGGCGGCCGCUACCAGGAGGGCCUGGACAACUUGAUCGAGGCCUUCACGGUGAUCGCGCUGCAGGACGCCGUGCACCCCACGCCGCUCUUCGAGCUGCUGGGCAUCGCGCUGGAGGAGAUCCCCAUCACCCAGGAGGUGGACGUGUCGGAGCUGGCGCGGCUGGAGGUGCCGAUCCAGGCGGCGGUGCGGAACAUGCGGUACCGGGGCCUGGACCAGGACGGGAACUGCGGGGUGCUCUUCGAGCGCAUGGCCCGCGCUUUGGUCCUCUGCUCCCCCGGCGGCGCUGUGGAGCCCGGCGCCAAGGCGGCGGCGGCGGGGCGGCGGCAGGUGGCGCGCACGUUGCUGCGCCACGCGGCGCCGCUGGUGGAGGCGGCCACCAAGGAGGGCUUGGCAGACCUGACCCACGUUUCCAUGCUCAUCGACACAGAGCUGCAAGCGCUGGACCAGCAAGACGCCACGGAUCGCAUGGGCCUUCCAAGCCAAGCGCCCGCGUCGGUUUCGGCCGUGGCGCCGCCCAACCCCGUCCCUCCGACGGCGCCUGCGCCGCGAGCCACGGAGACGCCCCGGGUGCCAGCCACGCCGGCCACGCCGGCACCAAUGCCGGCCACGCCAGCACCAGUGCCGGCCACGCCAGCACCAGUGCCUGCGGCGCCCACUGGAUGGCGGCGGAGGUGCACCCGAAGGAGGAGUGCCCCUUCCAAGGUGCCGGGCUCGGUUGCAGAACGAGUCGGUCGGAUCUCGUAUGCGCAGUCAGCCAAAGGUCUGCCUCAGGCACCCGGCUCCCCGCGGAGGAUACCUGCCACUGGCACGGUAUCGCCGUCCAUGUCUCUGCAGCCGUCGCAGUCUGCCAGUGCCAGGCAUCAGUAUGUGGAGCAAGCGAUCCAAGUUCUGAAUGACAGCCAGAACACCGCCAUCUUGACCGCGGAGCAUCAACAACAGGAGCUGCGCCUGGAAGCCAUCGCGGUCUUGGGGCAGAUGCGCUCGGAACAGGUGUGGCCCUCGGUGGUGUCCUUCAACGCGGCCUGCAGCGCCUGCGCCAAGGGAAGCCGCUGGCGCCAGGCGCUGCGUCUGCUGGCGGAGAUGCCACGCAGCCAGGUGCAGCCGAAUGCCCGUAGCUUCAGCGCCUGCGUCAGCGCCACAGAGAAGUGCCGGCUCUGGAGAAUGUCGCUGCACCUGCUGGGGCGGCAGCUGCGAUCUGGGCGGAUGGACGCCUUCGUGGCGACUGGGGCCAUCAGCAGCUGCGGCCACGCCGCGAGGUGGCAGCAGGCCUUGCAAGUCUUCGCGGAGCUGCGGGCGCAAGGCGGGGCGCCGAGCCUCCACGCGCACUGCGCGGCGCUGGCGGCCCUGGGCAAUGCUGCGCACUGGCGCGGCGCCGUGGAGAUGUACGGGGAGGCGCUGGCAGGUCUCGAGCCGGACGCGGCCCUGCAUGGGGCGGCGAUGGCAGCACUGGCACAGGGCCGGCAGUGGCGUUUGGCUGUCUGGCUGUUGGACACGCUGCCUGAGGCGGACAGGAGCGUGCCCCUUGUCACCUCCUUCCUGCGUGCUGCCGCUGGCCAGUGGCAGUUCGCGCUGCUCACCUUGGCACAGCUGAGGCGGCAGUUGAGGCUGGAUGCCCCAGCGCUGAAUGCGGCCAUCGGCGCCUGCGCGGAGGGGCAGGCCUGGCGCUCUGCACUGGCCAUUUUGCAGGCGAUGCGCCGUGGCUCGCCCAGGCCAGACGGGGGCAGCUUCAACGGCGCGCUGGCGGCCUGUGCGGCCGCCAGCCGCUGGCAGGCAGCCCUGUCGCUGCUGUCGGCCAUGCGAGAAGCAACCCUGGCGCCGGACGACGUGAGCUUCAACGCCUGCAUCCACGCGUGUGAGGGCGCGAGCCUUUGGCAGCGGGCGCUGAGCCUGCUGAAGACUCCGCGCCUGGAGUCCCUCAACACGGCGGCCAGCGCCUGCGGCAAGGCCAGCGUCUGGGGACUUUCUCUGGCGCUGCUGCGGCGGGCAGAGGAGGCCGCGCUGGAGCUCAGCGAGGUGUCCUACAACGUGUACCUGAAUGCUUGCCUGCACAGCUCCAAGUGGGAGUUGGCGCUGCUGCCGAAAGCCAAGGCGGUCUCGGUGCUGGCCCUGCAUGACCGCCUGGGCGCCUGCGAGCGCGCGGGCGCCGGCCAGGCGGUGGUGCUGCGAGCGCAGGAAGGCCUGCGCCGGGCGCUGAGGCGCGCGCCGCCGGCCGUCUCGGGGCUGCGGAGCCUGGUGCCGGGGCCAUGGGAGCAGCGCUGGGUACAGCGCGCAGAGCAGGCGCCGGCCUUAGGCACCCUGCGGCGCCUGCGAGCGGAGGGGUCGCCAGCGCCGCAACAGGCCUUGCCCCCGGCGACGGAUCUCGUGAGCCCUGAGCUGGCACGGCGGCUCCUGGCAGAUCUCGCCCUGGACCUCGUCUUCGAGAGCUUCCGCUGGGUGCUGCCUCUGCGCCCGGGCAUGGCAGCGCUCUGCCACGCAGGUCUCUUUAUAGUGCUGGCCUGCUGCGAACUCUUCCAGAUACGGGAGCCUUUGGCAGAGGAGCUCGCCUUGAUUUCGGCGACCUUCUUGCUGGCGGCAGUGCUGCCUCUCUUCCUCCUGACCCUGGGCUUGUGGCGCCGGCGGAUUUGGCACAGCCCCCCGCUGCUUCUCGCGCUCAUAGCUCUGCUGCCCUGCGCGUCAGGUGUCUGCGGGCGCCUGCUGUGGAACAACAGGGCAAACAACAGGGCAGAUGCAGUGCAGCUGGACCUGCUCAAGGCUGCAGCGCUGCAGCUGGCCACUGCCGCGAUCUUCCGGCAGCCGCUGCUGGCGCGAGCCGUUAGCGCGCUCGUCUCCGUAGUGGCCCUGGUGCUGAUGCUGCUGCCGGAGUUGCUGGAGGGCAGGCUGGAGCUGGUGGAGGGCUUGCUGCUCUAUGUUGUCUUUAGCUUCGCCUCCCUGGCGAUUUGGAGCCCCCAUUCCAAGAGGUGUGGACUCUGGCAAGCGAUGGCGCAAGCUGCCUCAGUGCGGGAGCAGGACGCGACGUGCUGGACGCCGCAGCAGCUCUUCCGACCACUUCUAGGCGCGCCCGGACUGAGGGGCGAGCAGGGCCUGAGUCAGGUGAUCUUGCGGCAGCGGCUGUGCCGGCAGCUGCAGGAACUCGGCUUCCAGGCGAGCCACGCCUACUUCCUGGGCGACGACGCGAGGGCUGGGCUGGUCGACAUGGUCGAGCUGGUGCAAAGCAGCAUUGGCCGGUGCUUGGAGAUGCAGGACUCACGGCUGGACGUGUCCCAGUGCCCCCCGCUGCUGCAGGACUGGCUCCAGCAGAACUUCUCGCGCUCGGUGUCGGAGGGAAGCAACCUCCUAGACUCGGGGAAAGUGGACAUGAAGAAGGCCACCCGCAAGUUCCGGGAGAAGUUCCAGUCCGGGGGCUCCUCCAACUCCAAGAGCAACGUGGGGCCCUCCAUCCCGGAGCACGCCCAGUCGCUGGUGGGGGCCGAGUUCCACGAGGAGGACAUGCCGCACGUGCCCUCAGAUUCCGAGGUGCACACAGAAGAUGACUAUGCUUAUCCCCACAUCGUGAGCGCCAUGAUGUCAGUACUGCGGUACUCGGGGGAGGGUGUCGCACCCUUGGUGCCCCAGGGUGCUCCCGGUGCCCCCGGCGCCCGUGGCUACCCCGGGGGCGGCGGCUCGCAUGCGCUAGAGGAGCUGCGCGCCGCCUUGGCGCACUUGCCCGAGGACGCCCCGAGACUGCCGAACAAGCAUUUCGCGGGCACCUUGGACGUGUACGGCAGCGCAGUGCCGGUUGCCGGCGCAGCGAAGUCCCGCGGCUGCAGCGUGGCCUGCGCGGAAGUGGGGCCGGGAAGGCUGGUGGUCUUUUCUGAGAACACCUGGCUGAAGGAGGAUCACAUGGGCGAUUUCAGCCAUGCGCUGCUGACGUGGGCGGGCAAAGGGCAUGAGCACCACGUGAUGAAAGUCUUUGGGGACUUCAAGGACGAUCACGAGCAGAAGAAAGCCACUGAGGAGCUGCGGGAAGGCAAAGGGGUGGCGGUGGUGGCAGCGGCCUGGUCACAGAUGCAUAAGCGCCACGCCAAAGACCUGUCCUUCCUGAGGCUCCAGAAGUGGCUGUCGGAGGACCUCGACUGCGGUAUCAGCUUUACCAAGGGCCACGCAAGCAACAACCAGCGCCUCAUUCGCGAGGCGGAGGUGGAGGAGGUGAUUGUCCUACAGCCCUCGAAUCUCCUGAAGUGCAAGAAGGGCUCCAAAUGGUACCCGCAGGACCCGACGAAGGUGGUCUGGGCCUCCCACAAGUUCAACCAAGCGAGCCACUGCUACGGCAAGGCUGGCGGGUGGUGCCCGCGCGUGCAGCACGACUUGUCCGUCGUGGUGGACCUUGGGGGCACGAUGGUGGACCGGAUCUGGCUGAGGUGCAAACAGAAGAAUGUCGCGCCCAAGGACAUCGAGAUCAGCAAGUGUCUUCUCGCCGAGCUGCGCUACGAGACCGUGGAGAGCGCGCCCUGGGAGAUCGUGGGCUCCUUCGUCUUCGAUGCUGACCACGACCACGCGGAGUUUCAGCUCUCGCAGCCGCACGGGGCAAGGUAUUGGCGCUUCACGUCGAAGUGCAAUCACGGCGGGGCUUGCACCGGGAUCAACGGCCUCAAGUUCGGCAUAGAGGACGACGUCUUCUGCUUGGACACCAAGGGUGAGCCCCAGGCGCUCGUGGAGAAGUUCUGCUACGCCCAAAUACCGCAGCAGAAGAAGAAAGAGGAGAUCGAGCGCUUCUGCCAGCGGGUGUGGAGCUCGUGCGCAAGGCCGCACAUUGCCUUGGAUGUCCACUCCAACUCCCAGGAGUCUAAGGCCUUCAUGGCUGCGAUCGAUGGCCUGCUGCUCGCGUCCGAGGACAACCGGCUGCUCCAGCUGAUGGACCAAACCAAACUCUUCCCCAGCUAUGGCUUCAUCCCUCGCCCGGAUCAACUCGUCGAGGUGAGGAUGGAGGUGACAGAGGGACGGGACAAGUGGCUGUCCACCGGCUGCUACCUCGCUCCCGGGCACCGCCUGACCGUGACGCGUGUGGGAGGUGAGGGCUCGAUUGAGGUGCAGGUCGGCUGCCACACUGACAGCGUCUCCAAGCUGGAGAGUUGGCACCGGCUGCCGCGGGUGGUCAAGAAGUCGCGGCUGAAGAAGCAGGACAAUUCGAUCUCCCUCUUUUCGGCCCUGGGCGGCAUGGUGUAUCUCCUGCCGGAGGAGGGCUCCGCAACGGUGCAGCUGAGCUCCGACGCGGGCCUGGCCAAGGCGCUGUGCUUCGACGUGGAGAAUCCCAUGCCCGCGCCGGAGUGGGACUUCAGGAGGCAGCAGCCUCAGGCGCCCUGGAGCGAGCUGAUUUGCCGGAACGUGAUCUUCGUAAUGCCCAGCUCCUACAUCUGCGAAGUGGAGGGCAAGGACCUGGUGGAGCUCUGCGGCUUUUGGGACGCAGUGCUGGAGGCCCACUUCGCGCUGGCGGGGAAGCGGAAGCGCCGGUUCCGCGCGGUGGUGGACAAGGCCAUUAGCCAUGGGUUCAUGCAUGCGGGGUACCCGGUGAUGAUCACGGAGACGGAGCACACGUGCGAUAGUUUGGUGAAUUUGGACAAUCUCAAGAGUGUUGGCUCCUGGGGUGUCUUCCACGAGUUCGGGCACAACAUGCAGGAGCAAAACUGGGUCUUCGAUGGCUCUGUGGAGGUGUCUGUGAACUUCUUCACCUUGCACGCCAUGGAGAAGGUCGUUGGAAAGGAGACCUUUGACCACCCCCUCGUGCAGAAGGGCCUUGCGAAGUUCGACAACUUCAAGAAGGACGGCAAGCCCCGGGACCGCUGGACGGACGAUCCGGUGCUGGCGCUGCUGACCUUUGCGAUGCUGCGGGAGAGGGAAGGGAGCUGGGACCCCUUCCACAAGACCAUGGUGCAAUACCUGCAGGAGGGCCCCGAGAAGAUCAACGACGACGAGGAGAAGCGGAAGUUGUUCUUCCAGCGUCUGAACGCGAACUGCUCAAAGGAUCACUCAGAUCUUUGGGUGGACUGGGGGAUCUCCUUCUGA